ACUCGUGAAUUGACCACGCUGUCCGACUACACAGUCCACCCAGCCAUAAGCCAAUCGGUGCGGAUCGUGUGCCCUACCGUGCAGGCGUUUGGAGGCUCUGCAAUUGCAGGAGAGAGUUCCAAAGGCUCUGCUCGCUUGUUAACCAGCAGCCUCCCUGCUGGUAUGGCCCUGCGGUGGGGUGAGAUCAUAGGGGGCCGGUGAGCUGAGCGCUGUGCGAAAUCGCAUGUUAUGGGCUCAUAGCUUCCGCUUUUACUUGUAUCACAUCAUAUGAUACGACACCAAUAGGGUAGGGGAAGGAAGGAAGGAAGGAAGGGAAAAACUGGUGGGGUUCUUACCUAAUGUGACGGUAAUCCGAGGCUUCUUUGUCUGACAUUCGUCUGAUAAAGUUGGCACCACCACCUUUCCUAUCUGUAUUUGCCUGGCUUACUCGUCCUACACCCUUCUAUUUCUUCUUCUUCUUCUUCUUCUUCUUCUUCUUCUCCUUUUGCCUCUCUUACAAUUUUGGUUCCUCCUCGCCCAACGGAUUUUUCAAUUCAAUUCAACAACAACAAUAGAUUAUUCCCCCUUCUUACCCCAGCUUUGGGUUUCUGCUUGGUCAGAUGGGGGUAAAUAUAAUGCUUUCUAUGGACAACAACGGGGAACAAUGCCAUGUGGGCACUAGAAAGUUUGGAGAUGAGGAUGAAGGGUUUGGUCCUGUCCUCACGGGCAAACACGAGCUACAGGUGGGUGUCUCUCCUUCCCCUCCCCCCUCUCCAAUUCCUUCAUUUCCUCUCGCAUCCUGCAUAAAAGUGAAUUCCCCCCCUCAUUGCCAUCCGUCCAUCCAUCCGCCUUCACCAUCAACUUGAUCCCCACCCUGUUUUCCCCUGCCAUCCGCCCAUUGUUUAGCGUGAAUGUGGUCAGACGCUAAGGCUCGGCGGCUGGCCGAACAGGAAACGAUCGCAGCAGCUUAUCGCCGUAUGUCUCGGGGCGAACUCUGUCUCCUCCUCUCGCUGCGCUCCCUUCCAACCUGCGGCGAAGCCGUCGAGCUUGCAUUCAGGCUGGCGGUGCACGAGCUAUCCCACCGCACCGACCUCUCCUUAAAACGACACCAUACCCCUCGCUUCACACCCCCGCUCUCGGCCUCAUCCUCCUUCUCCGAGUGCCCAAACCAAAUCAAUUCGGGUGGGAACGGCGGUAAUGGCGACCACGACGUUGAUAUGAAGGCCCACGAGCUGGAUAACAUCUCUUUGUACGUCGAUACGCCCUUCCCGCAGGAUGUCAAUCUUCCGCCAUUGCCACCCGAGCUGUGGGCGGAUAUAUUCGAGUCAUUGGGCGAUUGGGAGCUGGCUACCGCGUUGGGAAUUCAUACGAAGCUUCGGCGUAGUGCUGAUUGGGCUGCGAAUGGGACAAGAUUGGAUUAUGCAAUUCUCUCCGGGUCGGUGGAACACAUCACAAGCUUGUUAGAGGUCUAUCCGGCUGAGAGGUUUACAAAGUUUGGGGCAAAAUGUAUGUUACGCUUCGCAUACACUGAUCUCCUCACCUUCUUCUGGGCAAACUACCGUCACGACUUCCUAAGAGUCUAUUCCGAGCCGUCCCUCAAAAUCCCCACUCUCGCAUCCCACUAUGGCCAGUCAAAGGUUCUGACCUGGUGGCUCAGAGCCUCAUCCCCUGACCUCCCUAACCCGUUCCCGAGAGAAUACGACGAGGAGCCCCUCAAUGAUGCAUCACGGGAAGGCCACAUUCAUGUUCUCCAAUGGUGGAAAUCUUCAGGGCUUCCUCUCCGCUACGGUCAAGUGAUGGACGUUGCCUCCUCCUUUGGACACCUCGCCGUGCUUGAAUGGUGGAAAAACAGCGGUCUCACGCUAAACUACCUGCACGCGCUCAAGGGAGCUUCUUACCGGGGUGAAGUUGAAGUCCUGGAAUGGUGGAGGAAGAGCGGCCUCAGGCUGGUUUACGACAAAGAGGUCCUUGUCGAUGCCACAAAGUUCAAUCGUCCCGAUGUCCUCCAAUGGUGGAGUAGCUCCGGCCUCAGAGUGGAAUAUUGCGUAUGCGACAUUGAGGCUGCGCUUGAAGACGCUAUCGAUGGCGGCAAGGAGGCGAGGGAUUGGUGGCUGGGUAGAGGCUUCAGAAUUGAUGUUCCUGUUACGGAGUGGAUGGAAUAUAAGAGGCUGUAAAGUUAAUUGCUGCCACGACUUCUGCAGGCUCCAUGUCGUAUUCUAUCCACUUCUCUCUUUCAACGUUUUCCCUUUUACUUUUCUUCACUUUUCUUUCCUUCCCGUAUAGGCUUGGGGAACGGAUCGGAGGGAGGGGCGUUUCGGAUUGCUUUUGCAUUUUUCACCGGACAUUGGCGGCGCUAGUCGUAAAAAUGUCCGUUUCGCGGACACUUUUCAUUUGUGUGCUGUCUUUCUAUUUUUAUUUAUCUUCUCCCGCUCCCUUGAGGCUGCUUGCGAAAGGUGAAUGGUCGGGCCCGUGUGGCGGCGGGACAUGCUUGAUAAAUGUAGUGUACUAUAACGAUGUCGUGUUAUGUAUAAUACCAUCCUUGGUCUGCUGAAUCUUUACUCCUGGUGAAAUUGAAAACUCGGACACCCGGGAUCAAUGUAGCCAAACACGACCGGAAAAGUGACUUUUGGCAAUGAAAUCCAUCACCUCCCAAAAGGCCUUGGAGAUUUGGGAAGCGAGUCAGGUGAUUAAGGCAGCGCAAAGCACCCCAGCACCCCAGGGGGGUUUUUUUUUUAAUUUUUUCUCUUCCAUUCCAUUAAUAUC